GUGGUGGUUUGCGGGGAUUGAGAAAAACCGGAGGGAAUCGCUCACUAGCAGUCUGAAUUUUUUGCCUGAAUUUUUAUUUCAGAUAAGUGCCGAGUUCUUAUCAGUGUCGGUGUCAAUAGGUCACGUCACUUGUCCUCACUUUGAAGCUUUGUCAAAAUGCUGGUGAAACAUUUACGGAAGGAUUUUUACGAACUUCUCUUCGGAAAGCGAGUCCUAAUCAUUGCUAAUUUCGACAUUGAUUCCGUCUGUACUGUCAAAAUACUCACAGAAUUGCUGAAAAUUGAUGGCAUCUCCUUCUCUUUAUGUCCCGUGGAUGGGAUUACGGCUAUGAAACAGGCAUAUUCUGAUUAUCGUGAGACGGUGAGCGUUUUUGUCCUGAUCAACUGCGGUAUUGCUCUCGAUAUUCGAGCUUUCUUUGACAACCUAAAGAAUAAACUCGUCUUCGUUUUGGAUUAUCAUCGCCCCGUGCAUGUCAACAAUUUUUAUGAUGAAACCAAUCAGAUUCGCAUCCUAUCGCUGGACGACAACUUUGACGAAGUGCCUGGUUUUGAUGACCUUUUUUGGUCCGAUGAGGGCCUCGACUCCGAUGACGAUGGUGAUGACGACGAUGAGUCUGAGAUUAUGGAUAUGGGCGACAGCGAAGAUGAAGAUGGAUCGCGACGUCGUGGAAGAAAACGAAAGCGUCGCAAUGAACAUGACAGAGAGCGAAGGCGAGCCGUGUGGAAGGAGAAAAGAAAUGAAUUGCUGUUUGAAUACACACAAUUUUGCUACUAUGCUCCCCCGUCGUCUCUGGUCGCACUCGAGCUGUCGUGGGCAAUUUCUCGAGGUGAUAUUCAAUACGUGUGGUGGACCACGGUAGCCUUAACCGACGCGUUGCUUCUGGAGAAACUUCCACGAUCUGAGUACGUGCAAAAAUCUACCGAGCUUAGUUUACACAUUGCACGAGAAGCAAGUACAACGGAAACACCGAGAGAUUGUUUGAAAGUCAAUUUUGAGAAAGACUUGUGCUUCUUACUGUAUCGUCACUGGAAUUUGUACGAUAGUAUAAAAAUGACACCACACUCAGCUUGUAUGCUGAAGUCAUGGAGUUUAAAAGGGGAAGGAAGGUUUCACGAGAUGUUGGGAGAGUUGGGGCUUCCACAAGUUGAGUGCCAUCGAAAGUAUGCAUCGAUGGAUGUCCGAUGUCGGAAAAAGGUCGAGCGUGCAUUCAGUGAACCCGUUCUCCGAGAUAAGUACAAUUUCAAUGACGUCACUGUUGGUACUUUUAUCUCAGAGAUUGGGUUUCGACCAGCGUUCAGUGCAUUUGAUUCUCAUUUGGCAUGUCUUGCCUUGUUAGAGAACCCAGUGCUGAAUGGGAGUGGGAAUGUGGUGGACAAUUUUUUAGACUCACUGGCAGCCUUGUCAAAGAAACAAUUUGAUACGCUCGAUCGUGGUAUAGGAAUGGCUAAAACCCAUCUGACUGCAAUGUAUAACCAAGUAAAGGAAUUUCUCAGCAUGAAUGUGGUCACACCUCGGGGUGGAUUUUUGUAUGUGCAAAUGCCAGAGGGGUCGCCAAACGUGUGUUACUUCCGGAACACUAGUUUCCUUGUUUUUCUUGCUCAGUUCACCCAGCGUGCUGCUGUUUCCCAUGUAAGAAAUAGACGCUGGUCGACAUUACCACUUGUACUGUGUGCCCCACAUUUGUCAGGAUAUUGGGUAAUCGUGGGGAUAAAACCUUUGAGCCUUGAGUUGCCGAAAAAUCUAUUCGGGAAGUUAUUUGAAACGCUGGCCAUCAAGAUGACGGACGGCGCGGUGCUCAUGGAUUUUCUCGACCCCCACAUCGUGUUAGUGCAUGGAGACCAUAAGGAUAAAUUUAUCCAGUUGUUGGAAGCUUGCAUGGUGUAAGGAGCGAAACCUUAUUUAAGUUAUACAUACGUAAGUUUGACGAAAUGAAAGACAAGUUAUCGUAUCUACCAAAAAUUGCAAAGUUACAAGAAAUCCAAGAUAUAAAUAUCAUGAGAAAUACCCAAAUCCAUCCCAAAUUCGACUGACCCUAAUCUCAUGAUGAUAACCCCGAAACUCUAAAUCAUGCAUUUUUAUUGCAUGCAAAGCACAAAAUGUUUCCCUCUUGCGAUAUGAACAAAGGAUUUCUCGAUUCCCUUUGCACGUUCUUUUCACUAUGUUUAUUAUGAUUUUGUUACAAUUCCACGUUGCAAUUUACGUACGUACAUAUUAUUAUUUACAUAUUAUGAUGAAUUCCAUUGUUAAUUUAAGACAUGUAUUUCUAUACAUAUUUUCUAUCCGCAUGUCAAUUCCAGAUACACAAAAAAUCACAACGUUUUAUUGAUGAUUCUUCAUGUAUCCAUUUUGCUCUCGUAAAUAAAUAAGUAUACACUGUU